UGAGAAAAAUGUCGGCUUGGUGGAAAGUUUAGAUCAUUUCAGUGGAAAAAAGCAAUUAACGCGACAACUUAUCCUACUUUGGAGCUGUGCUUCUCUUCCGUGCGAUAAGCCAGGUUGAUACCUUUGCAGGGAUCGUGAAGGUUUGCACCAGCGGUGCUAAUUCCGUAGAAGCGAUGAGCCAUUCCGAUAGUACAGACACAACCAGCAGCAGCAGCACUGGUAACGCCAAGCCGGAGGAAAACCAGGACGAGCUCAUCAUCAAACAACAAAGAGAAAUCGAACAGGAGAUUGCCUAUUCGAAUCCGCUAGUUGGGGAUUCGCAGGCCAUCAUUAGCUUGAGCUCCGAGUAUCUGGACGAUGCAGUUUACAUUUCAAAGGUCAAGGAUCUGUCCUCGAAGUAUCGUGCAAUUCGUCGUACACGUCCAGAUGGGAAUUGCUUCUUUCGUGCGUUUGCCUACGCGUAUCUGGAGUAUUUAGUGCGAAACAAAGAUGAAUUUAGUAAGUUCUACGAAUAUGCUGCGAAGUCAAGAGAACGUCUGACAGAGGCGGGUUUCCCACGAUUUACGAUCGAAGAUUUCUACGAAACCUUCAUGGAAGUGAUCAACAAGGUAAAGCCGGUUGGUGAUGACACGGCAGGAGCACUGGCUGAGCUGCAUAAGCUGUUUAAUGAGCAGGGUUAUUCGGAUUACGUUGUUGUUUAUAUGCGCUUAAUAACUUCUAGCCACCUGCAGGAACGGGCAGAUUUCUACCAGAAUUUUAUUGACGGCAACUACACGAUUGUAGAGUUUUGCCACCAAGAGGUGGAACCGAUGUACAAGGAAUCGGAUCACAUUCAUAUUAUUGCGAUCUGCUCUGCUCUGGAUGCUGGAGUGCGUGUCGAGUACAUGGACCGUGGCGAUGGUGAUCAAGUUAUUGCUCAUGAUUUUCCGGACGGCUGUAAGCCCAACGUGUUUUUGCUCUACCGUCCCGGACACUAUGAUAUUCUCUACCCCAACAAAGAGCUGCAACAGUGAAGCGACUUUUUCCGACUCUUUAAUACACUCUAUUCAACCUUGAAGAUCUUAACCGCUAGUAGAUCCUCACAUUAAAUUACAAGUUCAAAUCAAAUAAAAGAUGUAGA